AUGUUACGGCACUUUACUGGUGAAAGAGAGCUAAUUAGGCCAGCUAUCACAAGAUUUGCAACUACUUUUCUCACCCUUCAACGUAUGCAUAAGCACAAGGUGAAUUUAAGAAAGAUAUUUACCUCAGAGGAAUGGAUCAAAAUUCAUGUGCUUAGAUUAGUUGAUGGUGAGAAAAUGCCUACAAUGGGAUAUAUUUAUGAGGCGAUGGAUAAGGCUAAAGAAGCAAUUGCAAAGUCAUUUGAUGAAAAUGAAGAAAAAUACAAGACAAUUUUUGAGAUUAUUGAUAAACGAUGGGAAAGUCAACUCCAUCGACCUUUGCAUGCAGCUGGAUAUUAUUUGAAUCCUGAAUUUUUUUAUUCAAAUGAGAAAAUUAAUGAAGAUGUUGAGGUUGUUACCGAUUUAUACCAAGUUGAAGCAAGGGUGAUUCCAAGCAAAGAAGAGCAAGACAAAAUAAUGGCACAAUUACCUUUUUAUCAAAAUGCUGAAGGCAUAUUUGGGAUGGAUAUGGCAAUUAGGAAUCAAAAGAAAGUAUCUCCAGCUACAAGGUGGCUAACUCAUGGAGCAACAACUCCAAAUUUGAGAAAUUUUGCUGUCAAAGUGUUUAGCCUCACUUUUAGUGCAUCUGGUUGUGAGCGUAAUUGGAGCACUAAAAAAAGAAAUAGACUAGCUCAAAAUCGCUUGAAUGAUUUGGUUUUUGUCAAGUACAAUCGGUCAUUAAAGCGUAGAUAUGAUGCACGUGACUGCAUUGACCCCAUCUCAUUGAAAGACAUUGAUGAUAGUAAUGAAUGGUUGAUGGGUCAAAUGGAGGAAGAGAUGGAUAGAGAUGAACUUGUUUUUGAAGAUGAUGAUUUGACAUGGAAUGUGCAAAAAAGAAAAGCUUCAUCCCCUCGCACUUCUUCACUUCUUAAAGACGAGGAAGAAAAUGAUGGUGAUGAAGAAAAUGAUGGUGAUGAAGAUGUUGAUUUGGAAGAUGAGUAUGAGGAGCAUAAUGAAGAUGAUGAAGAAGAUGAAGAGGAUUUUGAUAUUUCUAUUGAUAUGGAUUGA